AGUUUGCUGAGUGGUGUUUCAAUUACGAAGUGCAUCAGAAUCGCCUUCCAGAUCGUCCAUUUUCCCUCUUCGAAGAGAGUAAUUUUGGGGUCGGAAGUGGUUCCGGCAAUAGUUAUCACUGAGAAGGGGGUUGUCAAAGAGGUGUUCAAAGGGGCUGAUAAAAGGGCCAAUGUUGAGAGAAAAUACCCGGGAGUUGUGAUUGAAGACUUUGGAGAAAAAAUUCUGAUGCCUGGACUAGUGGACUCUCAUGUGCAUUGUGAUGAACCUGGGAGGACUCAUUGGGAAGGCUUUCGGACGGCAACUCAAGCUGCUGCUGCUGGAGGAAUCACCACCAUCAUUGAUAUGCCUUUGAAUUCUAUCCCUCCAACAACAACUGUAAAGAACUUUGUAGAAAAAUUGACUUUCGCAGAGGGCAAUAUUUUCGUUGACGUUGGAUUUUGGGGAGGAGUGGUGCCGGGAAAUGUAAAAGAGUUGAAAGCAAUGUUAAAAGCCGGUGUGUCUGGCUUCAAAUGCUUCUUGAUCCCUAGUGGCACUCCGGAAUUUCGGUCUGUAUCCAUCGAGGACGUCGAAGAAGCACUCGAAGAGUUGAAAUCAACGGAAUCUGUUCUUCUGUUCCAUGCAGAGUUCGACGAGACGGUUUCGCACGGAGGACUAGAUCCGAAGUUGUACAGCACAUUCUUGCACUAUCGUCCAUCAUCAAUGGAGACCAGUGCAGUCAGCAAAGUUGCGGAACUUUGCAAGAAUUCACAGGUUCGAUGUCACAUCGUUCAUUUAUCAGCUUGCGAAGCUCUAAAACUUGUAUCUGAUGCGAAGAAAAAUGGAGCUCCUCUCACUGCUGAAACAUGCCACCACUACCUGACAUUUGCAGCUGAAGAAAUACCUGACUCCGCAACUCAGUAUAAGUGUUGUCCACCAAUUCGUAAUCAAAAAAAUCGA